AUGGCAAAGCGCAAGGUCAGCAUAGAAAGCAGCGAACAAGACCAAUUGGACUCUUCGCAGGCCUCAAAACGUGUGAGAAUACAAAAUGGGGAUGACCAGCGUGAAGUUGUACAAUCCCAGGUUUCUAAACGCGAAAAGAAACCUGCCGUAAACGGGAAAGGCAAAGAUAAGGCAGUUCAGGAAGAAAGCAGUGACGAUGAAGGUUCGAUCCAUCUUCCCCAACAAGAGCAGACUGAAGAGGACGAGAAACGGUUUGAGGAAGAAAAUGGGGAACGUGUUCGUGCCGCUAUCGAAGCCAAACGCAACACCUUUGGUGGCAUUGCAGACCAUGGAAUUAUAGAGCAUAUUGAAAUGCACCAAUUCAUGUGUCACCGGUUUCUCUCAUUCACCUUUGGUCCGCAAAUUAAUUUCAUCAUCGGACACAAUGGAAGCGGGAAAAGUGCAGUGCUGUCUGCCAUCACCGUCGCUCUUGGUGGUAAAGCCACUUCAACCGGCCGUGGCAAUGGCCUCAAAUCAUUCAUUCGCGAGGGACAAGAAUUCCGCUCGUUCUUCCUUCGAGGCACUCAGCUUAGUCAGCUCAACGACGAAUAUGAUGCUUGUCUUGAGAACAUCAAUCAAACAACGAAGGUUCUCGGACUGAAAAAGGCAGCCCUUCCCGAUCUUCGUGUUACGUUCAAAGAAGCUUCCAUGCGCUUCGAGGAGGCUUCUAAAGCUCGUGAACAAAAGUAUAAAGCUGAUGAACUGAAGAAGGAGUUAGCUUGGGCUCAUGUCGCUGGCAAGGAAGAGGAUAUGACCAAGAAGAUUGAAGAAGUUGCUAAGCUCAAACGUCGGCUGCCAAAGAUCGAAGAGGAAGUCCAAAAUGCAGAGUCCAACUUCAAAGCUGCCACUGAGCGGGUGACAAAACUUGAGGAAGAACUAAAAGAUAUUGGUGACAUCGAUCAUUUGAACGAGAAACGAAGCGAUUCACAGGACGACGCGAAGCAGAUGGACCAAGGAUUGCAGAGCACUAGACGCGCAAUUGCUGGUUAUGAGGCUCGUAUCGCAGAAGAAACUCGCCGCAUGGAAGUGCACACCCAGGCCAAGCGCGCAGAAACUAAUCAGCAGCUUGAAAGAGCUAAAGCAAAAGUGCGGGAAGCUGAUGACGCUCUUAGUGUCAUCCUCGAACAGAAACGUGCGAAAAUUAACGAACAGUCUACGGUCAAGAACGAAGGUUUGGCCGCUGAAGCUGUGAAGAACACCGCAAAAGAUCGUAUUACGGAGUGUCAGACUAUGAUCACGAGAUGUAGAGACCAGGAGAAAAAUAGUCUUGCGCCUUACGGUAGGGAUAUAAAGAAUGUGCUCGCUCAGGUAGCAAAAAUGAACUGGUAUGGAGAUGUUCCCGUUGGACCGUUGGGGACUUUUGUGGAGGUCAAAGACCCCAAAUCUUGGGCGCAGGUUUUAAGGUCAACGCUCGGAGGUUUUAUGACAGCAUGGGCUUGUACAGACGCUAGAGAUCGUCAACAGCUCAAGCGCCUUUUGGACCAAAGUGGAAAUUCAAAUCUUAUGAUUAUCAUAUCCUCGAAAGAUAUGUUCGACUAUAGUUCGGGAGAACCUCCAGCUGGCGUGCUCACGGUGCUACGUGCUAUGGAUUUCUCUGAUCCAUUUGUGCUCCGCAUACUUGUUAACCAAGCAAAUAUUGAGAGAACCAUUUUGGCUCGGUCUCGUUUAGAAGGACAACAGAUACUUGACAGCUUAGGAGGUGGGGGUACUGCUUGGACUGCCGAUGGAAUGCGUGUUCAGAAGUAUUCAGACGGUGGUAAAUCAUCCAAUAAGCUUCAGGAAGUACCCCGCGGGGACUCUAGGAAUAUGCUUUUCACAAGUAGUAAUACUGCCAUGGAGCUGAGGGAUUGGGAAGAAAAUCUCAAAGCCGCCGAGGGUCAACACCUGGAGGCGCAAGCAAAAAGCCGAAGUCUGGAGCAAACUUACAGAGAAUACACUCGCACGAUAAAUGCACUUACCACAGACGAGAAGAACGCUUUGCGGAAGCAAAGAGAAACCAAGAAUGGAUACAAGACACUUCAGGAAGAGGCCAAUGAGGAAUUACCCACUGAUAUUGCCGGCCUACAGUCUGCAAAGGAGGAAGCUGAAGCAGAGAGAGAUUCUAUUUUGGAACAAUUCACUGCCCUCACACGACAGAAAGAUGAUGUAAAUUCUGAGCAAAAACCUUUGCUAGAGGAGCAGAACAGAAUUCAAGGCCAAAUCGACGCAUUCAAGGAAGGUCGCGAUGCUGUUACGGUCAAGGCGGUUGCCGCGCGACUUCAGGCUCAGAACAGCAAGAAGCACUAUACGCAGAAGCUGGACGAUGAGAAAAAGAAGGUUACAGAUGCUGAAGAGAUCGCUACUCAAUUGAAAGAGGAGUUUGCGAACUGGACAACCAGUGCCGAGGAUUAUUGCGAGAAGGUUCAGAACCCUCGUAAGGCUGAUGUAGUCAAACGCCACCUCGAAUCAGUCCAGACUGCUCUGAAAGAGCGGGAACGAAGACAUGGCGCUACGGUGGAGGAAAUGACUGUCGAGGUUAACAAAGCGAAAGCAGCCCUGGACACUGCUGAGAAGGAUCUUAGGAGCCUGAAUACUCUGAAUAAGGCAUUGACGCAGUCUCUGAUUACCCGACUCCAAAAGUGGCAGGAGUUCCGCCGCCAUAUAGCUUUGCGCUGCAAGCAUGUUUUUCAAUAUCAUCUAUCAAACCGUGGAUAUUACGGCAAAGUCUUGUUUGACCACAUUAAUCAGACUUUGCAACUCAAGGUCCAAACCGACGACCAGACUGCAACUCAGGGCAGAGAUAAAGACCCCCGUUCUUUGAGCGGCGGGGAAAAGUCGUUUUCGACUAUUUGUUUGUUGCUUUCUUUGUGGGAUUCGAUUGGUUGUCCGCUCAGAUGCCUUGAUGAAUUCGAUGUCUUUAUGGAUGCUGUCAAUCGACGAAUCAGUAUGCGUAUGAUGAUCGAUACUGCUAAUGCGUCAGAUAAAAAACAAUAUAUUCUCAUCACACCUCAAGAUAUGAACAAUAUCCACAUCGGUCAAACAGUUCGGGUGCAUCGCAUGACCGAUCCUGAACGUGGACAAGCUACUUUGCCAUUUUCAUAAAGCCUCCUAUGCUUCCGCUUUAUUCCAUCAUCGAGUGAUAAUUACCUACAUUAUGAUCAUGCCGCUAAGGAUCUAUGUCAGCCCGCAUCAGUACAAUACUCUGUAAAAUUUAUUACCCUGUCAUCCAAAUGUAGAUACUUGCUUUUUUUGA